CUCCACAUCCUUUGGUACCAUUUUGAGGAAGACUUAAGUUCGAGGGUGUGUGGAGUUUUUUUUGCCAGGACAUCAGAUGACAGCCAGUUAGGGUUUGUUUUUAGCGAGCAAGGGGUUCGAUUUUUACCUACUGCCUCUUAUAUUUGGUAUGCUUUGUGCAUUUCAACUGUAAAUAGUAGAUGGAGAUGGGUACAUACAGAAACUCUAGUUAGUAUCCCUGCAGUUGUAUUUGAAAUGGAAUCAAAAGGAAGGCUGUUAUUUGAUCUUAACGAACCUGCUACUGAGGAUGACCAGGAAAAUGGCGGUGUCUGCAGUUCCCUGCCUCAGAGGGCAGUUCCUUCAUCAAGUAAUCACACUAAUGAUUUUUUCCCAGCAUCUUCUAGUCCUCACGUGAAAGUUAACACGCAUGCCUUUUCACAUGCAUCUUCGUUAUCUGGGUUUCAACCGUUUGUUCGUCUAAAACACUCUGAUGCAACAAAAACUUUUUACCAACGAGAGAAUAAUACAGGGGAUACACCAUCAAAUGUAGUCUCAUCAUUGAUAAGUUAUGAUAAGAACCCCAAUAAUGUUACAGUGGACACACCAUUAAAUGUACAUUCAUCAAUGAUAAGUAAUAGUAAUAGUCAGGCUAUGAAGACUGCUCUCCCUCCAAAUUUGAGCUUUGUAGGUACACACAUCGUUGAGAAAGAAGAAGGUGAGUGGUCUGAUGCAGAGGAAUCUCGAGAUAUAUGUAGAAAUUCUGAUAUCCAAGAUCACCCAAGUUCUGUAAAUGGCAAGGCCCAGGAGACGAAACCCAAUGUUGAUGAGGUUAACAAAAAUGAAAAGGUUUCUGUAAAGAAUAAUUCUCAAAGCAUUGACAACAUGAGAGAUGAAAAUAUCAAUUCUCCCUCUCCAGUAUCUGAGAGAGACACAAAUGGAAGGAAAAACAAUAGUAGACAAGAUAUUGAGGGCAAUCACAACUCCAUGGAUGGUCAGGAGGACACGAUCUCAUUGCCUAAGCAAAGAGAAAACCGGGGACCUGAAGCAAUUCACGCACUGAAGUGUGCAGGCAAUUUUGCAAAGCGUCCUAGGCUUGACCAGCAGAAGGAAGCAAUGCUAGGUAAGAAGCGCAACAGGCAGACCAUGUUCCUUGACCUGGAAGAUAUCAAACAAGCUGCUCCCCCAAGGAGUUCAACUAGGCGCCAGAACUUUCCUGCAACUGUUACCACCCGUACUGUAAAAGAUGCUCAAACUGAUAUCUUGAAUGCUGAUAAGAGUGCGGAAAAGCAGGUGCAGUCAUUGUCUAAGGAUAUGACACAGGUUGAUUCAUCAACUAACCAAGGAAGUAGUUGUCUAGAACCUAAUGGUUCUAAAUCUGACUGUAAUGAUGAUAUGCAUAUAGGAUCAUUAAGUGUUCCUAGAAGGAUGAAUAGUUCCACAAAUCUUGUGAAAGAGGCACCAACUUCUGCUGCUAGACAGGGUUCUUGGAGUCAAGCUUCAGAUCAUAGGCAACCACAAUCCAAGAGUUCCCAGUUUCCCAGUAGAAAGCCUGCCUUGACUGGUCAAAACUCUCUAGAUACAAAGUUGGGAUCAAAAAAGCUUCCUGCAAAGAAGCAAUCUGUCUUAAAUACCCAAUACCAAGACACAUCAGUUGAGCGUCUUUUGCGCGAGGUGACCACCGAAAAGCUUUGGCAUUAUUCAGAUAAAACAGAGCUUCAACUUGUUCCUGGCAGCUUUGAGUCUGUGGAAGAGUAUGUUAGUGUGUUUGAACCUUUGCUUUUUGAGGAAUGUAGAGCCCAACUGUCAAGCACCUUGGAGGAGGCAACUGAAACAGGAUCACAUGCCAAAGUUUAUGUAAAAAAUGUUGAAAGACGAGAAAGAGGAUGGUAUGAUGUAAUACUUAUUCCAGAUGGUGAGCUCAAGUGGACAUUCAAAGAGGGAGACGUUGCAGUUUUAUCUACCCCUCGCCCCGGAUCAGCCAGCAGAUCUAGAAGAACAUUUGGUGAUGGUGAAGAGCCUGAAAUUAAUGGUCGUGCUGCUGGUACAGUCAGGCGGCACGUUCCGAUUGAUAGAAGGGAUCCACUUGGGGCAAUUCUUCACUUUUAUGUUGGCGAUUCCUAUGACAACAGCAUGAUUGACGAUGAUCAUAUUCUGAGGAAACUACAACCGAGGGGUGUCUGGUUUCUGACUGUCUUGGGCUCUCUAGCAACCACCCAAAGAGAGUACAUUGCUUUGCAUGCAUUCCGUCGGCUUAAUUCACAGAUGCAAAGUGCUAUACUUCAACCAAGCCCUGAACAUUUUCCGAAAUAUGAGGAACAAACACCAGCUAUGCCUGACUGCUUCACACCAAAUUUCAUUGAGUAUUUGCACAAAACAUUUAAUGCACCCCAGUUAGCAGCAAUCCAUUGGGCUGGAACCCACACAGCCGCAGGAACAAAUGGGAUUGCAAGGAAGCAAGAUCCCUGGCCUUUCACUUUGGUACAAGGCCCCCCUGGAACGGGCAAGACACACACAGUCUGGGGGAUGCUCAAUGUGAUCCAUCUUGUUCAGUAUCAACACUACUACACUGCACUGCUGAAGAAAUUGGCACCCGAGAGUUAUAAGCAGAACAAUGAGAAUAACUUGGAGAAUGUUGCCUCUGGUUCCAUUGAUGAAGUCCUCCUAAACAUGGAUCACAACCUAUUCCGCACGCUCCCUAAGCUUUGCCCAAAACCUAGGAUGCUUGUCUGUGCACCUUCUAAUGCUGCCACGGAUGAGCUGCUUGCCCGAGUCCUUGACCGUGGGUUUAUUGAUGGGGAGAUGAAAGUUUACCGCCCCGAUGUGGCCCGAGUUGGGGUGGAUACCCAGACCAGGGCAGCACAAGCGGUUUCUGUGGAACGAAGAACCGAAAUGCUUUUGUUAAAGAAUCGUGAUGAAGUUUUUGGAUGGAUGCACCAGUUGAAAAUCCGGGAAGCCCAAUUGUCUCAGCAGAUGGCAUGCCUUCAAAGAGAGCUCAAUGUUGCUGCUGCCGCUGGUAGGGCCCAAGGUUCUGUUGGUGUUGACCCUGACAUUCUAAUGGCUAGGGACCAAAACCGUGACACUCUACUUCAGAACCUGGCGGCGGUGGUGGAGAAUAGAGAUAAAGUGUUGGUUGAGAUGUCCCGUCUUUUGAUUCUCGAAGGUAGGUUUCGGGUGGGUAAUAAUUUCAACCUGGAGGAAGCUCGAGCCAGUCUAGAAGCCAGCUUUGCAAAUGAGGCAGAGAUUGUUUUCACGACCGUGUCAAGCAGUGGCCGGAAGCUAUUCUCUCGGCUCACUCAUGGGUUUGACAUGGUCGUGAUUGACGAGGCAGCUCAAGCCAGUGAAGUGGGAGUGCUGCCUCCUCUCUCGCUCGGCGCAGCACGGUGCGUGCUGGUUGGGGACCCACAGCAGCUUCCGGCGACAGUAAUCAGCAAAGCAGCUGGGACGUUGAUGUACAGUAGAAGCCUGUUUGAGAGGUUUCAACAAGCGGGCUGCCCGACAAUGUUGUUGUCUGUGCAGUACAGGAUGCACCCUCAAAUUAGGGAUUUCCCUUCCAAGUAUUUCUACCAAGGGCGGCUUGCCGACAGUGAGAGUGUUAUCAAUUUGGCCGAUGAGCCGUAUUACAAGGACCCUUUGCUGCGCCCUUACAUCUUUUAUGACAUCACACACGGGCGGGAGUCGCAUCGCGGUGGGUCCGUCUCGUACCAGAAUACUCACGAGGCACAGUUUUGUGUUAGGCUGUACGAGCAUCUGCAGAAGACUUGUAAAUCUCUAGGUGUUGCUGGGAAAGUGUCAGUUGGUAUUAUCACUCCGUACAAGCUUCAACUGAAAUGCCUUCAGAGAGAAUUUGCAGACAUUCUCAGUUCAGAAGAAGGAAAGGAUAUAUACAUUAACACUGUCGAUGCUUUCCAAGGACAAGAACGUGAUGUCAUCAUCAUGUCUUGUGUCCGUGCCUCAAACCAUGGAGUGGGUUUUGUUGCCGAUAUACGCCGGAUGAAUGUGGCCCUAACCCGUGCCCGAAGAGCUCUAUGGGUGAUGGGAAACGCCAAUGCACUCACCCAAUCUGAAGACUGGGCUGCUCUUAUUGCUGAUGCCAAAGCAAGAAAAUGUUAUAUGGACAUGGAUUGCUUGCCGAAGGACUGGUUGGCUCCUCCUCCUCUUCCUGGUAACAGAGGAGGGGCGAGAAGUGGACCCUACCACCAUCCUAGGCUGUACGAGACGCAACUGGAAUCUAGCAGGUCAGGGACACCUUCCGAAGAGGAUGAGAAGCCGAACGCAAUGCGUAACGGGACCCACUACCCGCGGCACUAUAAGCCGCCGCCCCCACAGUUAGAGAACAACUCCGUGGAUGAUUAUGAUAGUAAUAAUAAUAGGUUUGGAGAUAAAUCCAGGGAUUCUGCCUGGCAGCAUGGCGGCGGCGGCGGCGGCGGGAGAGGAGGCACACAUAAGAGGCUAAAUAAUGGGUCUGGUGGAGUUGGCAGAAGAAACUUCUAAUGACAAUUCUCAGCUGCUUUCUUCAUAUAAUGGAACAACCAUCCCAUAUGAUCCUCCGGCCACCCCUUUAUUGCUCAAGAGAAUGAGGCAUGGGGAAGAGAGAGGGAAAGAGAGGGCUGAAGCGUGACAACAAAGAAUGCCUCCAACUGUUGGUUCCAUGCAUGUGGAGAUAGAUCUCUCCGCGGGGGCAUCACAUCGAUUGCUGGGCCAAGGUCGGCCGUGGAAGAUUUGCAAAACGAACUUUGUGGAGAGGAUUUGGGGUGAAAAUGAAAGGUGAUUCGCGCCUCUUUGCUGGUCGGGAGGAUGUUUUGCGCGUGAAAAGAAGAGGUUGUUUCUUCGCAACGGGUCGGGUUAUACAAUACUCCUUCCGUACUUGGUUUCUCCAUGGACUGGGAAGUGUUAAAAAUCUGUAUGUACAGGGGGAGGGGAUGGGAGGCUCUACAUACAUGUGUGUCAUACUGGAAAUGUGGUUGUGGACUGUACCUGAGAGAGAUGAUUUGCUGGAGGCUCAUCUUUUCUACAGCCUGUGUACAUACAUAUUCAAGAAAAUAAAAAACUUGUUUAUAAAUAGGUUCUCGCCGAGUAAGAUUUUCAUUGUGAUUUAUCCCCCCUCAAUAGUCUUUUG